AUGACCUGGCAACCCUCGCCCGAAGAAGCCUGGUACUACACCCUCCCCUGCCCUUCGGACGACUACUCCCUCUCCGCGUGGAUUUCGACCCUCCGUGGCCAAGAUCGGUCUUACGGUCGUUCGCGUCUCCCACGUGCGCCGUUCGAACAACGUUUGCGCGAGGAGUACCCUACGAGGGAUGGAAAGAUUGCCUUGGGCAAGGGUGGGAUUGAUAAGCAGUGGGUGUGUUAUCAGGUGUGGGAUCCCAAGCAGGGGACGGGGAAUGAGAAAGGUGAGCGUGAGCACGUGUCUGGGUGAUCCGACUCCCUGCCCGAGACUGACGUACCCAUCACUACAUCGCAGACCUCGUUCUGCUUCACGGUAUCAAUGACUAUGGAGGAAAAUUUGCGAUGCAUGCGAGAAAGUUCCUCGAUGAAGGCGUCAGUCCCACAGUUCCACUUCUCCAGGCCGGCGCCACGGGCAAUCCCGAGCCUCGGCGACGACUCGCGGAGUGGACCAUCCAGAAGAGUCCCCCCACGCUGACCACCUCCUACCUCCUGAUCAAUUUUGCCACAGUACCGCGUCAUCGUCCCCGACAUGCCUUCGCACGGCCGGUCCUCCGGUCUGCACUGCCAUCUCCCCAACAUUGAACUGCUCGCCGACGCCGUCUACCUCGUCCUCGCCGAUGUCCUCCUGCACGACUCCAAAUCCGUCACCCCUCCCAACCCCUCCACGUCCGAAACCUCUUCCUCAACCUUCACCCAAUCGCGCAAACUCUUCAUCGCCGGCCAAUCCAUGGGCGGCUACGCCGCCGUACUCACCUGUCUCAAAUACGGUUCCACCUCCGUCUCUUCGCUCUCCCCUCGUCCUACCGUACGCUACCACCCCAAAAUCAGCGGUGGUCUGUUCCUGUGUCCGAUGCUCGAAAUAGUUUCCACCUCGCGCCCUUCCUACGCUCUCGAAUGGAUCGCGCGAGCGCUCGCUUCGAUCGCCGGUCCUUUACCGUUCGCCUCCGCGAACAAGGGUAAGAAUUCCGAAGACCCUACGAUCGAGAUCGAAUUCAACGCCGAUCCUCAAACCUACCACGGUAAACUUCGCAUCGCGACCGGUCUCUCGAUCCUUCAAGGUAUGAAUCACCUCUCGACGAUCUUGUCCUCGCUCGAGGUGCCGUUCAAGAUCUUCCACGGUACGAGCGAUCGCGUGACGUGUCCCUCUGGCUCGAAGAAGUUGUUCGAGCAAGCGCGUUCGCAGGAUAAGGAACUGCAGUGGUACGAAGGGUACGAACACGUGUUGUUGAGGAAGGGCAAGGACGAAAAGGACGAUGAGAGGAGGCAGAGGGUGUUGGGGGAUAUGCUCGAGUGGUUGGAGAGGCAUUAA